GAGAGCUGCUGUCAUGGCUUAAAAAACUGCAUCCAAGGGGUGGGACAUCUGAACAGGAGGUUAUAACGUUAGUUUCCCAGGAAAUCGACACUCACACCUUUCGGGCUCUUAACCGACAAAUUGUGGCCAGGAACGUCCGCUUUGUCUCAAGCUUGGAAAUCCUCACUCCUCCUUUACAAUGGCAGCGAUUGGAAACCGUGGCACUGUGACAGAGGCAGCUGGGUUCAAUGCAGAUGAGGACGCCCAGAGACUUAGAGCAGCAAUGAAGGGAGCUGGUACUGAUGAGGCAGCUAUUAUUGAUAUCUUAGCACACCGUACAAUUGCUCAAAGGCAGCGCAUCAAAGAGGCCUACAAACAAACAGUGGGGAAGGACCUAGCUGAUGAUCUGAGCUCAGAGCUGAGUGGGAACUUUGAGAAGGUAGUUCUAGGUCUGCUGAUGUUGGUGCCUGUGUAUGACGCCUAUGAGCUGAGAAAUGCAAUUAAGGGUGCCGGAACAGAAGAGGCUUGUCUCAUUGAUAUUCUAGCUUCAAGGACAAAUGCGGAAAUAAGAACUAUCAAUGCUUUCUAUAAGAAAGAGUAUGAGAAGGAUCUGGAAGACGCUGUAUGUGGAGAUACUUCGGGAAUGUUUCAGAGAGUAUUGGUCUCUUUACUUACGGCCGGACGGGAUGAAAGCAACACGGUGGAUGAGGCCCAGGCUGUGCAGGAUGCCAAGGAUAUCUAUGAAGCUGGUGAGGCUCGAUGGGGAACUGAUGAGGUUAAAUUCCUCACUGUGCUCUGUGUGAGGAACCAAAAUCAUCUGCAACGAGUGUUCAAGGAGUAUCAGAAGAUAUCUGGUAGAGACAUUGAGGAAAGCAUUAAGAGGGAGAUGUCUGGUUGUCUGGAGGAUGUCUUCCUGGCAAUUGUGAAAUGCAUGAAGAACAAGCCAGCAUUCUUUGCAGAGCGGUUAUACAAAUCAAUGAAGGGCUUGGGCACCACAGACAGCGUUCUCAUCAGAAUAAUGGUUUCCAGAGCUGAGAUUGACAUGCUGGACAUUAAGGCUGAGUUCCUCAAGAUGUAUGGAAAAACUCUGUAUUCCUUCAUCAAGGGAGACACAUCUGGUGACUAUCGCAAAAUUCUGCUGGAGCUGUGUGGAGGAGAGCAGUAGAGACAUCAUAACAACACCUUUACUCUGCAAACAACAUAAUUAGCAUUUCUUUGUAGAUGAUUGUGCUUUGUUUCAUACUGUCCUAAUGUGGCAUUAGUAGUUAACUGAUUGACCACAAUGCUUUAUUCCACUGAUGUCUAAUACUAAUUAAACCAAAGAUCAGUGACAUUUUA